CACAGAGAGGUGCAGCAGAAACAGAAGACAUGCUGUGAGUCAUGGCUGAAUCAAACACACCGCACCAGGUUCUUGUUUACCACAGUAGAGGGCGGAGUCUAAACGGAGUCAUGGACGUGGGCGGGUUUUUCCUAAGACAGCGGUGUCCAUAUAUGGUUCGUGACGUCAGACGCCGGAGGUUCCAUUCAGAUAAAACUGCUCGGCCGGAAUCCCCUUGAAGGAGAUGUAGGCACAGACGCUGCAGGCCGCUCGCUCCCCCGUUCCCCGUUAAUUCCGGUUCAGUGUCAGGCAGGACAGCCACUUCCGGACGGCAGCAUGAAGGUGAGCAGCAUCGACUGCCGACGGCUGAAGAAAAUCCUCAGGAAGGAGCGCGGGAGCUGCCUCAUCGUGGACUGCAGACCGUUCUUCUCGUUCACGAACUCCAACAUCAGAGGCUCCGUUAACGUCAAUCUGAACUCGCUGGUGGUCCGGAGGUCCCGGGGAGGGCCGGUGCCUCUGCAGUUCGUCAUCCCGGAUGAGAGAGCCCUGCUCCGCCUCCGGGAGGGGAGCAUAUCGGCGAUCGUCGCCCUGGACGAGCAGACGUCCCACUGGCAGAAGCUGAAGAAGGACAGCGUGGCCCAGAUCGUCAUCAACACGCUGUCGCAUGUGUCCAGCGGGACCAGCGUCUGCUUCCUCAAGGGAGGAUACCAGAACUUCCAGUCUCAAUACCCGGAGCUUUGCACUGAGGUGAAAACCACGGACCGGAGCGCAACUGAAACCGAGAAACGGGUCAACAGCCACCCGGAGAAGCAUUUUCACCGCAAACCAGAUUAUGAUCAGGGUAAACCUGUGGAGAUCCUGCCUUUCCUCUACCUCGGCAGUGCCUACCACGCCUCCAGACAGGACUAUCUCAGCGACCUUCACAUCACUGCCUUGCUCAACGUGUCCCGCAGAGACCUGCAGCCCGCCAAGGGCCAGUAUGAGUACAAGUGGAUCCCUGUGGAGGACAGCCACAUGGCAGACAUCAGUUCUCACUUCCAGGAGGCUAUAGAGUUUAUAGAUCGUGUAAAGCAAUCAAAGGGAAAGGUCCUGGUACAUUGUGAGGCGGGCAUCUCACGCUCACCAACCAUCUGCAUGGCUUACAUGAUGAAAACGCAGCACCUGCGGCUGGACGCGGCUUUCGACAUCAUCAAGCAGCGGCGGGCGGUUAUCUCCCCGAACUUCAGUUUCAUGGGCCAGCUGCUACAGUUUGAGUCGGAGGUCCUGUCCAAUGCCCCGGCACUCAGCACAACGCCCCAGCCGGCCACUCCCUCUGUCCCAGAGUCCGUCUCCUUUUUCGCCAGUGACUUUACCGCCACCUUUAACACCAAAAGCUUUGAGGCGUCUGUGUUCACCUUCCCUACCUCGUGUCUGCAGUCUCCAGUCCACCACCAGUUCAAACUGAGCCCCAUAACUGCACUGCCUUAAGAUGAACUCUGACUGCUCGUAGUUUUACUUGAAUAAAAGUGGACGAUCUGUUUGUGUGGACUGCUGGAACCAGCACUGGAAAGAAGGAGGAGUCCAGUGAAUAACAAUUUCCCUGUCUUCUCAACUGCAGUGUUAUCACAACACAGCACAGUAAAAAACUGCAAUAUACUUGCCUUAGCUUAAUAUUGUGAUUUCUCUGCCUAUUCACUAAUAUAGAGAGGCAGUUAAACCUAAUUUAUUUGAAAGCAAUUGUCUGUUUUUUUCAAUAAUGUGGAUAUGGAUAUGUGUUUAAUAAAUGUUUUCACCAAAAGAAAAAACCUAAAA